UUAUUUGUUUAUUAUUAGGGUUAUCCAUUAUUCUUUAAUGAUCAUCAAAAAUGGCUUAGUAGCUUCAUUACGCUUUGAGAUAUAUUAAUUGCAAGUAAAAUUUAUCCUCUCCACUUAUUUAUUGUUUGGUUUUACUCACCUGAGGUUCAUAAUGAAAAGUAAAAUUAACUUAUUAAUCAAGCUCAUGUUCAACUGGAAUGAUUAAUUGAUGAGCAUUGUGAUAACUGUGAUACAGUUAAACAGACUCAGUUAAUCCUGUGUAAAAUGAGGGCCAAGGUUGAAAUAAAUCAAUCAUCAAGAGUCUCUAAUCAAUCAAUUGAUAGUCAAAUGUACUCUAUAAGGACACAAUAUUGGAAGACGAAAAAAUGGUCGAACCCGAUUACGAUCAAAUUACUGUCAAGAAGCAGCUUCCACUGGAAACUCCAACCUCAACUUGUUUUUCCAAUAGAUCAUUAGAUAAACAAAUCAGCUGUUGCUUGGAGAACAGUUUCUCUUCAUUUACUCCAAUGAAUUUAGCAAUUAGCUUUGUCUCUGCUCCAUCAACACGGUUAGCUGAGAUGUAAAAUAAUAAUCAAUCUGGAUAAUCAGUCGUUCUGGAGGUGAAAUUUUGCUUUGUGGUGACCGUGCAUUUUCAAUAACAUUAUGAACAGGACUAUGGUUAAAUCAUGACCCUUGUGAAUCUAUAUCCUACUUUUCAUCAGAUUGUAAUCAAUUUUUAUUGCAAACCUUUCAAAGUGGCAAAGUAAACAACAUUUUGUUUGCUUAGAUGGUGUUAAAAACAAAUCAAGUUUAGAGCAUGGUUCAUCCUUUGGUAUAAUAAAAUUUCUUGGUUGCUAUCACUGUAAUCUAUCGCCACACCACCGGUUAGGUAGUCAUAACUUACCAAGUUGACUAUAAAAGUUUCCAAAUACCUUGAAAAGUUAAAUGAAUGUACCAAUUUUACCCUGAUCAUUGCAAGUAUCAAAAUGAAUAACAAGAAGAUUUUGAUUAUUGUGGGAACACUCGUUUGUGCAACCAUACUUGUCAUUGUUGCCUCCAUCAUCAUAACCCAAUCUUCUGGUGACGACCAAAAUGACCAACCCAGAUUAAUUGUCAUCUCAUUUGAUGGUUUUCGAGCUGAUUACGUGUCACCCACACUGACACCAACUCUGUGGUCACUCAAGCAGACUGGAGCAACUGGUAAAAUGUUUCCUGUGUUUGUCAGUAAAACUUUUCCCAAUCAUUUCUCAAUCGCUACCGGACUUUAUGAGGAAGCCCAUGGAAUCGUUGCAAAUAAUAUGUACGAUCCUGAAUUUAAAGCAGUCUUUGACCUGUCCCAUAGCACUCAAAUGUGGUGGGAUAAUGGUUAUUCACUUCCAAUAUGGAUUGCUAACCAACAAGUUGAUGGCCGAAAGAGUGGUGGCAUAAUGUGGCCAGGAUCAGGAUUUACCUUUGGUGGGGAUAAAGCCUACUACUCAAUUGAUUUUAACCGUACACUUAGUAUGCAACAACGAGUUGAUCUUCUGAUGAAAUGGUUUACAGACACUGAAAAUCCUGCCAAUCUUGUUAUGUUGUACAUUGAAAAUCCUGAUGAAACAGCUCACAAUCAUGGACCUUUCGGUAAAGAAACCCUUGAGCAGGUUAUGAUGGCAGACAGGACUGUUGCUUAUUUGCUGGAAAACUUGUCCCAACACAAUUUAACUGAAUCAACCAAUAUCAUUUUGGUUAGUGACCAUGGAAUGCAAGAGUUUGACGCAAAAACUGGCAUAAAUUUAACGGCAAUAGUUCCUGAUUUAACUAGUUUCAGACAAUUUGGAGGAUCUCAAGCAAUUGGUAUUCUGCCUAACGAGGGAAAGGAAGAGGAAGUUUAUCAAAUGUUUGUAUCGCUGGCAAAAACAAAUCAUUUCAGAGUUUACAAAAAGGAUGAAAUUCCUGAGGAAUAUCAUUACAGGUACAAUCGUCGUAUUAUGCCAAUCUUAUUGGAGGCCGAUCCUGGAUAUGAAAUUGCUUUCACAACUUGGUCUCAUCAAGAUGAGAAAUGGGGUAAUCAUGGUAAUAAUAAUACACAACCCGAGAUGGAAGCGCUUUUCAUUGCCACUGGACCAGCUUUCAAGGAUAGUUUUAAUCUUAACCAAUCAUCUUUCUUCAACAUUGACCUUUACCCGAUCAUGGUAAAAAUUUUAGAUCUUGACAUUGGCAGCUAUAAUUACAAUGGAACUGAUAAAAUAACAAAGAACCUACUCGAUGAACUUUAGCCUGAAUAUCAUCAUUGUUAUCCUUUUUAACCAGUUAUUUAUUGGCAACUCCAAAGGCUCACAUUUGAACAAAGAUAUCAUAAUUUGUUAUAAAUAAUCGUGAAUUAACCGUCCAGCCAAAUGUUGUCCAUCGAAACAUCAAGUUUCUAUUUUCUUUAAAAGACUAUAACUUGUUAAUAUCUUUUUUUGAUUUUCAGUAAUUUUAAUCCUGAUUAUCAUUUUAAUUUUAAAUUGUUGAGAUUUUUCAGUGUAAACAAAUCGCUUUUUACUUUUACUUAUAAACGGUAUAAUGAAUA